AUAUAUAUAUAUAUAUACAUAAUCCAAAUCUCAGUGGAUACGCAAAAAGCUAAGGAACGGAAGGAGUAAGAAACAUUUGCGCAUUUCAGGAUUAUGUUGCUUAAGGAUCAGCCAUCGUUUAAGGAAGUGGCCAAGGUAUUCAUUGUUGGCUUGGCACUGCGCUCCUACGUAGCCGAUGGCGAUGGACAGCAACGUCGGACGUGCUUUGGGCACGAGCUGUCGCGUCGCAUUUGCAUGGCCGCCAAUCGGCAGCGGGUCAACAAUCGCCAUCGCCUCCUCAAGUUCAUGUCCCCGGAGCGUCUCAAGGAUUAUGAUAUGAGGAAUAAGCAGCGUGCCAUACAGCAACAGAGGGAGCUUAGCCACAGGGCUCAGGAGUUUGCGGCCAAUACAAAUCUGAAUUCCAAGUUAUAAACGAGAUACCUAAACAUAAAACCAUA